ACCCUGCACCCUGCUCAGCACAAGGACUGUGUGUGUUAAAGGAGCCUGGCUGGUGCCGUGCCUUGGUUAAAUUGACCUCUCUGUCUCUUGUCUACAUGGAUUCUGGAGACCAAGUUCCUCUCUGCGAGGCUGCUCAGCUGACUGAAGCAGACAUGGCCGUGCCCAGCGUGGUGACCCUGCAGCCCCAGGCCAUCAGCGUGGCCCACAGGAACACCUGGCAGACAGGGCUGACCGACUGCUGCACCGACUGUGGUGUCUGCUGCUGUGGGAUGUUCUGCUACCCCUGCCUGGGCUGCCAGGUGGCAGGGGACAUGGGAGAGUGCUGCCUGUGCGGGACCAGCAUGGCCAUGAGGACCCUGUACCGCACCAGAUACAACAUCCCGGGGUCCCUGUGCUCUGACUUCUGUGUCACUCUGUGGUGCCCUGUCUGCUCCGUCUGCCAAAUCAAGAGGGACAUCAACCGCAGGAGGAAGAUGAACAUAUUCUGAUGCCACCACCAUCCUCACUGCACCCUGCUGAGCUGCCAGAGGCAGGACAGGCUGGAGAGCACACCACGGAGGCAGCUGCCUUGUGUAUGGUUCAUCCCCCACCCCUUUUCCACGAGGAACAAAUAAAGAGCAGAGUUUUUUCUUUA